GCAAAAACAGGUGUGACGUCAGGUGACCAUUGGCGUUCUAAUGUAGGGUGCCACCAAUUCACAUCAGAUUAAAAUCGACGGACUUUAGUUAUUUCUAUCUUUGUUUCUAUUUUUGUUUUAUGAAUGCAUUUUAAAAUUCUUAGUUGUUAGUUAAAUUUUAAAAUUAGUUUAAGUGUUUUUUUUUUUUUUUAUAAACUCACCAUUAACUUUUUCUAAGGAACUUUCACGGCACUGAUAAGUAAUUGCUUUAAACACAUAUUUCAGUAUAAUCCGCCAUAAACAAUUUAUUAUUUUCAUAAUUACCGGCACGCAAACAAAUUCUCAAUGUGUGUUUGUUUCGCAUAUAUGUACUCGAACCACGGAGGCAAUAGUCACCUACCGCUUUCAAAAUUCCAGUGGUUUGGUUGAGCAAAAAUCAAAAAUGAGCUGCCCAAGUAAACAGUGUAAUCCUCCAGCAUGUGAACCCUCAGAUUGGAUCGAGCAAAAGGCUUCACCAAAAAUUAAAGAAGGUAUGAAAGCAUUUAAUUUGAGUAAUGACACUCUACGAAAAAAUAUGGACCUAUUUUUGGAUAAUAUACAAAGAGGACUGAAAAAGGAUACUCACCCAACGUCUAUUGUUAAAUGUUUUCCCACAUACGUCCAAGACUUGCCUAAAGGAACGGAAAAAGGAAAAUUUCUCGCGUUGGACUUAGGAGGUACCAAUUUUCGAGUACUUAUGAUAGAAUUGGAUAUUGGUAAAUGUGAUAUGAAGUCUGAUGUAUACGCAAUACCCAAUGAGCUCAUGGUGGGAACUGGAACAGAAUUAUUUGAUCAUAUAGCCCAGUGUCUUGCAGAUUUUGUAGAGAAACAAGGUCUACAAGGCGAAGUGUUACCUCUUGGAUUUACAUUCAGUUUUCCAUUAGUACAAAGAGGUUUACGUUCUGGAAUUCUGGUAAGAUGGAGCAAAGGUUUUAAUAUACCAGAGGUUGUGGAUGGUGAUGUAGUCCAAUGGCUUACAGAAGCGUUAGAAAGAAGGGGUGAUGUUCAAAUUGAUGUUUGUGCAGUUUUGAAUGAUACAACGGGUACUCUCAUGUCUUGCGCAUGGAAAAAUCCAGAAUGUAGAGUGGGACUCAUUGUUGGCACUGGCCACAACGGAUGCUACCUUGAAACUCAAGCCAAUGCAGAAAUGUUUGACGAACCCGAUAUGGGGUCUGGAAGAGUAAUCAUUAACUUGGAAGCUGCAGCUUUUGGGGAUGAUGGAUGUUUGGACUUUUUGAGAACUGACAUUGAUAAGAAGGUUGAUAAUGAUAGUAUAAAUCCUGGAAAGCAAGUCUAUGAAAAAACCAUUUCUGGAAUGUAUUUGGGGGAACUUUUACGUUUGUAUACAUUAAGAUUUGUCGAACAAGGUCUGAUGUUUGGGGGAAAGUUCGCCGAUGUAUUUCGAAAAGCUGAAGUAAUGCAGACAGCUAUGAUAUCCAAUAUCGAAUCGGACCCCAUAGGAAAGUAUACAAACACGACAGAAAUUCUCAAAAGCAUUGGGGUUACUGGUGCAAGUGACCAAGAUAUGUUGAACCUAAGGUACAUAUGCCAGGCAAUUUCAACAAGAUCAGCUCACUUAGUUGCGGCCACUACUUGUGUAUUGGUGAAAAAAGUUGGGGAGCCAAAAAUAGUAAUUGGUAUUGAUGGGACCGUCUACAAACUACAUCCGAAUUUUAGGCGCCUAAUGAAAGAAAAAAUGAUGGAACUUAUCGGGCCAGGUUUUGAAUUUGACUUGAUGCUGUCUGAAGAUGGGAGCGGUAGAGGAGCAGCUUUGGUAGCAGCAAUGGCGGCUAUGAGAAAGUAAUCAUCGUAGAAGCACUCUGAGAUAUUUCUUGUAAUUUUUUUAAUAAUAUAAUCUGAUCUGGGGGUAA